AUGGCAUUCAGAUCACGAUACGACCACGCUCAAUUGGAGCAAUAUUUCGACCGCGUGUGCCUACCAAAAUCCAAACGCAUCUUCGAUGUCUCAAAGCUUGACGACAAGGAGAAGUACGAUUUCUUGAGCCUACUACACAAACAGCAACUUGUCAAAGUGCCAUGGGAAAAUCUGACACAACACUACUCAUGGCAUCGAGUAGAAAAUGUAAAACCCCAACACCUCUUCACCAAGAUCGUCCACAGCCCAGGUCGAGGCGGCUACUGCAUGGAAGCCAACUCCUUCUUCGGCAUCGUCCUCCUGAGUCUGGGAUUCGCGACUUAUAUGGCCGGAGCUCGAAUUUGUCGUGGCAACGGCAUGUAUGGUGGCUGGACGCAUGUCGUAAACCUCGUGAACAUAGGAGGCGUCAAGUAUGUCACAGACGGUGGUUUUGGGCCUCAAGAAGCACCACGGCCUCUCGCCCUAAAUGCAGGUGUGGUAGAGACGCACGUCGGACCUGCGGACAUGCGGGUAGUGUAUGAUCCUAUCCCACAAUUCGUGGAUCAAACGCAGAGGAUAUGGAUAUAUCAGCAUCGACACAAUGAAAGUGCUGAAUGGGCCAGCAUGUACUGUUUCACCGACAUGGAGUUCACUCCAGAAGACAUCCUGAGCAUGAAUUUCGCUCCGUGGCUUAAUCCACAGAGCUUCUUCACACAUAAAGUUGUUGCUGUACGAUUUACGACGACCAAGACGAAGGAAGACGAGCCAGGUGCUGAUGGCGAGGAGGCUUUGGAGGGUGAGAUCGACGGAAGCCUGGUGCUUAAUCAGGACGUGCUGAAGUGGCGGCGAAAUGGCGAGAAAGUCAUGGAGCUGAAGUUCAAGGAUGACGGGGAGAGGGUGGCCGCGUUGAAGAAGUACUUUGGCAUCACACUAUCCCAGGAAGAUCUAGAAGCGAUCAAAGGCAGUGCGGCUGAAGUCUCGGCUGCUGGUAUGGAUCAUGAUUAG